AUGACAGAAUCAUCGAAUCUUAUGUUGAAAGCCAGAGAUCUUCUUGCAACUCCAAGCCACGAAGGAUUAUCGAUUCUUGUCGAUCAACUCUUCGUCAUCAACGGUAACGAUACCGAAGAACAUAAACCAGCGAGGGCUCUUUACGACUUCUGCGUCAAACAUUUCGCAAACUGCUUAACCAAAAAGCUUCUCAUGGUGUAUCAAGAUUCUUCUUCCGACGAGGUCUUCAGGCUACGAUCGAUCACUCUCCUCUCCAAAACUCUCAAGGAGCUACGAGAUCGUCGCAGCGGCUUCGAGUUCUCUCACGUCGCUCUCCAAGAAAUCAAGCCACUCGUCAUUUCUUGCCUUGCAACGCAAGAAAACACAAGAUCUCGCGCCAAGAUCCUCGGGAAAAUCGUCUCUUUCGUAGCUUACAAUGUUCUCACGUUGCAAAACGGAAGCUGGGACGAGCUCAGCGAGUGUAUUCAAUCGUUGGCAGAUACAGAGCCACUCAAGAGCUUCUACGUCUUUCUCGGUUUACCACCGAUCAAGAACUUGGAGUUUAUCAACCGGUUUAUGGAGAGGGUUCUAGAGGAAGCCAAGAAAGUGUUGCUUGUUCCUGAGGAAGAAGAAGAUUGGUGUCUAGGUUUGAAAACCAUAGUCAAAAUGGGGAUUCAGGUGUUGAAUUCUGAAAACUACAGUCAAAACUACUUGAUAAAGAGCAUUCUUUACACUCUUGUGAAGUCAGCGAAUGAGCUUGUGGAGAAGAAGAAGAAGAAGAAGAUGAUGAGACAGUUCUUGCAACUACAGCUUGAAGGUCUCGAGAAGUUCCUUUCACGAGAAAACAAUCUGUUCAAGUAUGAUUACAACGAAGAUCAACGCCGUUUCUUGUCAGAGUUAUCUUUACAAAUGCGGAAACUCAGCUUUGAUUUCUUCCCUUUAGAUCAUGGAGUUAGGUUUCGUCUCCAAGGGUUCAAAUAUUUGAAGACAUUGUCAUCGUUGGAGAUCUUGGAAAUGGUGGUAUCCAACAAGCUUGGCGUUUUGGAAGAAGAGUUAGCGAUGGGACAGCUCAACGUCUUGCUCUCUCGUCACAGUUUUAAAGAGAAACUAAUCGACGUUGCAAUGAUCAGAAAACUCCAGCCAUUGAUCAUCACUUGCCUUGGGAAGCAAGAAACCCCAGAGAACACGUUUAAGAUCCUCGGAGAAGUUGUGCACCACGUUGCAAAAGAGAUAUUCGAGGUCCAGGACGACACGUGGAAUGAGUUACGUGACUAUAUUACAUCCCACUGUGAGGAAACUGAGUUCUUUAAUAGAGGAUGCUACAUCUUCAGGUGCUUAAACACGCCACUUGAUGAUCAAGACUUUGUGGUUCCUGUGAUGGAGAAGCUUCUUCCUGUGAUAAGAAGAAUGUUAAACCCACCAAGAAAUCUUUUGGUGGAUAACUUUGGCUGGGUCUUGGCGUUUACGGGUGCCUUCUGUGCGAUUAUUCAGAUGGUAGAAGUUGAAAGUCACGCUGGAUCUGUGGAGGAGAUUGAAGAGAAGAUGAUUGAGGUUGUGGGGAAUCUUGUGGAGAGAAGAAUGGAGAUUGGGAUUGUGAUGAGAGCUUUCAGAGAUUUGGAAACCAUUGUUGAGGAACAGUUGAAAUGGUAUACUACAAACGAAUUCGCAUUGGUUAAGCGUUUGCUUCGGAAGCUUUUGGAGAUCGAAGGUAUGAGAAUAGAGAGUAAGGUGGUGUUGAAGAGAAUCAACGAGAUUGUGGAGAGGAAUAUGGCCUUUGCUAGCUUAACGAAUUUUGAGGCUUAG